AUGUUCUCUUGGUGGAUUGCUGGAGAGGUGCUCAUGCAGGCAAUGAGCAGUCAUGAAUGGUUGCAGAGCAGUUCCACUUUCGUUGCAUCCCUGUUCAACCAGCGCCGGUAUUUGAUUGAUGACCUUGUGAUUGGUGACUAUGGUGGUGAAUGCAGUGAAAUUGCUGAGUUUGAGGGAGCCGUUUGUCGUUGUAACCAAGGUGGUCGCACCAUCUAUAUGAAGUCUUUUGGUGAAGAUUACCGUGCCGUUCACAUUAAGGAAGGAACACUAUCAUUUGAUUCUUGGAUCUGUUACACCAACGAUAUCACUUUAUUACCUCCAUUAAAUGGUCUCACUGUUUUGUUGACUGACAGUCAGCUUGCAAUGGAAGCUGCAAAAACCAUGAUAGCGAGUGCUACUGCUGCAUUACGUGAUGACGGAGACCAUGCCUCAAAACAUCUUUUUAACAUCAAGACAGCUCUGUCAACUACGAAUGGCGCACAUGAUAAACUACUUGCUUUUAUGAGGAGGAUACGUGUUCAUGCUGUUGCUGGCACUGUCACGGAGGCGAUGUUGGAUGUCCCGAAUGUGAACUUCAUUGACCCA